GAGUCAGGGUGCAUGUGGCUCACUUGAAGGUCUCUGCUACAAUAAAUGGUACGGAGCCUUAAUUAGUAUCUGCGUUGGCCCUCCUGUUUCACGUCAAACCGGCUGCUGUUUAUUAAUUAUUGUUCAUUAGGAGUGGAGAGGCUCCCCGUAUCCGCCCAUGACGUGUUGCCGGUUGCCAUAGUAACCGUUUGUUUACGUUUUUAAAUCGAGCGAGACGUCAAGAGUGACAGCGACAUUUGGGAGUUUAACAACUUCACAGAACAACAGUGACGGACCACCAGUGGACACAACAAUGUCUAUCUCAGAUCGCAAUCCUCAGCAGGCCGGUGGGCCCAAUCUGGUGAAUAUUGAGUUCAUGCGCAACCACUCGGAGCUCUUCAGAGCAGAAUGCUCGAGGCUGAUCAUGGAGUCCAACAAAGCAUGCAAACGCAUGCAAAACAAUGACAACAAGCAGCUAGAUCAGCGGGUCAGAGACAUCCAGUUUCUGAAGAAUGAGUUGGAGCUGAAGUUGGAGGAGAUUAUUCUGGAGAUUGAUAACCUCAUCUCGCUGCAGAGCAGAGUGGGGAAUGCCCUGGAGGCCACCAGAGAGCCUCUGAGAGUCACCGUUCUCUGUCUGGAGGAGAGAAUGAAACGUCCCCCCCCCGAGAGGCUUCAUGACGAGGUGGACAGGGAGCUGCUGAAGGAGAGGGAGGUCAUCGAGGGAGUGGCUUCCCUACUGCAGCGCGUCGUAGAGCAGAUCACUGAGCAGAUACGGUUGAACCGAUCUGCCAAGUACCGACUAGAGCAGGAUCUUAAGGAGAAGUUUGAGGCUCAGUGCAUCGACAACUCUUGUGCCUUAAUGACCACCCAUUCCAUCAACAACCAGAUGUCCAAAAACACGAACGCUGCUUUACCAAGCUUGGCAGUGACUCCGAAGCAGUGGGAGAACAUCUCAGACAUCAACAUAGCUAAAGCAGAGCAGCAGAAGAUCAACUCUCUGUCCCUACAGGCUCUGGUGGAGUCUGUCCUGGGGCAGACAGCCGCUGACAUGAAGAAGCAGGUCCAGGCCACGACCUCAGCCUUUCAGCUGAACAUCCAGGAGAUCAAGUCCGCCAAGAGCCAGAUGGAGGAUCAGCUGGCCAAGAUUCUGUUAGAGUUUGCCAGCCAGCAGAGGAUCAAACAGGAUCUCCAAGUGGCUAUCACCGAGAAUGAACACGCUCUGAGUUUGGCUCAGGCCCGUCUGGUUUUGCGCCGUAAGAGGCCCACCAAAGAGCAGUGCCACGAUUCAGCACAUUUUCAGCUCUUUGCCGAGGUCCAGCAGAUCACCGCUCACAUCAGCAAGCUGCAGGGGGCUGUGGUCCAGUCAGACGAGCAGCACAGGGCUCUGGUUCGCUGCCAGCUGGAGCUGCAGGAAAACAUCGAGAUCAAGGCCAGCUCGCUCUACAUUGACGAGGUCAUCUGCGCCCAGCACAGGGAGCCCAUUAUCAUACAUAACUUCUGAGCAGCUGACAGGAAAGGUCGACGUAUAGUUCAAAAUCACUUCACAAAAUAUAUGUGUAAAUCUAGUUUCUUUCAUUGUUUUCUUCAGUUUAUUCAGAGAUUGUCACUGUGGACGUGUGUGAUGCUUUCUCAUAAAAAGCUGAUGUUUAAUGUGCAAAA